GUCAUCCUCCGAGGAAAACACAGCCUUCAACAUGGCACCCCAGCAAUAUACCUUGACUGAACAACACGAGCCGUCUUCGCCCAGCGAUGUGACUAUCGACGACCCGCCAGAAGAAGCUCGGUCAGAGAUAGAGUUGGACAUGGAGAAAGGCCAGUCCUCAAUGAUCGCAUCCCAGUGGACCAUCGGAUGGAUGACCCCCAGCGCCAUAAUCACCUGUUACCUACUGGCAGUCUGUCUAGCCUCCGCGCAUCUGGGGCUAUUCCGCUGGCUCGACCGACGCGAAGUCGCCCAGACAAUUAAGCAACCCUACGUGACGGCGCUGUCGGUUGUGUUCGUGAACGGCUUUCGCACCUUGCUGGCCGCGGCGCUGAGCAUGUCCUUCAUCCAGAUCCUGUGGAAGGACCUGCGCGUGCGACCGAUGCGCAUCGGGGAUCUUGACUCCUUUUUGUCGGUCCUGACAAACCCGCUGUAUCUCGGUCGCCUCCGUCUUCUCGGCGCAGCCCCGCUCCCGUUCCUCUGUGCCCUCCUGGCAUGGUGCAUCCCCAUCGCCAUGAUAUUCCCGCCGGGCGCUCUGACGGUGGAGGCGAAGCUCCAGCGCGUGCUCGCCAACCAGUCCGUCCCGACCUUUGACCCGAGCUACAUGGGCAACGGCAGCUUCGUGAGCAUGAUGGAUGAGGCGUUGUGGCAGCCGGAUGAUUUCGACGCAUACAGUGGUCCGACGAAUCGCCUCACGCGCGUCGCGCGACAGUCGGUGAUGGCAGGCGACUACCUACCCAGCAGUUCCCCAUGCUCAGAGAACUGCUCGUACACGAUCGAAAUCCCCAGCCCCCGCUUCGCAUGCACCAACACCGACGCCCCCGACCUCUACGCUUGGGUCAACAAAACCUACCCGCAGAGCCCAACGUGGGCAAACGCCUACCUCUACCUCGCCUCACCUGACUCCAGUGCGCGCACGAACAGCACCCAGUACACGUUCGACUUCGCCCUGCGCUGGAAGGACUCCACGACAGGGGAAGAGUACCAGAAUUUGACGUGUCGCGCGCACGAGGCCGUCUACACGGUGCACCUGAACUACACGGGGGGAGUGCAGCAGGCGACGGUAACGGCAGUGACCACGGAUGGCGGCGCGCUGAACAGCUCGGGGCUCUACGAUGAUUUCGCCAUCGUGCCGGCGUCGUACGACCGUGUUUCCGUGAUCAACGCCACGACGACGGGCACGACGGGCCAGAAUGUGACGGAGCUGAAUCGGCGGGCAAACCUGGCGGCUGUGCAGGAUACGCUGGUACUGGGGUUGCGGGGGUAUAUUGACAUCUUCGUGCUACACUCCCAACCGACCGCCAACACGCUGAUCGCCCUGACGAGCCUCUACAGCGGCCCCGCCAAGCAGCCGGUCUUCACCCUCACCCCGGCCUCCCUGCAGUCCAUGCUCCAGAACAUCACCCUCUCGCUGCUCACCCUCAACCAGACCACGACCACGACCACCGUCACCAAAACCAUCACCGUCAAUGUCUACCGUUUCCCUCACCCGGCGCGCCUGAUCACCCCUUACUUCGUCGCGCUGGCCAUGGCCCUGACGUUCUUGGGGUGGGGCGGCCACGCGCUCGUGCGGAACGGCAUCUCAGCCAGCACAACGGGCCUGUUCCAGACGCUGUGCACCACGCGCGGGAGUGAGCGUCUGGACGAUCUGGCUAUGCGGGGGUGCCUGGGGGGCCGGGAGAACGUACCUGACGAACUGAGGGAGUUGAAGGUGAUGUUCGGGGAGAUGCGGACGAAGGAUGGGUCGCGCGUGGCGGGGCUGGGCGCGGCGGAGGAGGUGAUGCCGUUGAUCAAGGGGGGGUUAUGAUGUUGGAGAUGCUAAUAGUCAAGGGAAUAAGGUAUAUGACUGACAGUUACUUAAUAUUGUGGUUUGAUGAUGUAAAAAGCAGAGAGCAUAUUACUAAUAGCAGAC